AUGACAUUUAUUAUUAUAUUAUUUAUUGUACUUAUUUUUGCUUAUUAUAUAUGGGAUUCUUCUCCAUCACAAAAAAUUCGUUUUCGUAUGCAACAACAAGGAAUAUAUAUAACACGAAAUGGAUUUCCACAAGUUCCAUGGAAUGAAAUAAAAAAUCCUAAAUAUUUAAAAACUGAAUGUGGUUCACCAUUAUUAAUUGAUGGUUAUUGGAAAUAUUGUCGUAAACCAGCAUAUACAGCUGAUAUAUGUAUGGCAACAUGCUGGGCAUUAUCAUGUCAUCAAUGGUUUGGUGUUUUACCUUAUUUUUAUCCAAUAUUCUUUUUUUUCAUGAUUAUUCAUCGUUAUACACGUGAUAUGACUCGAUGUCAAGCUAAAUAUGGUAAAGAUUGGGCAACUUAUUGUAAACGCGUACCAUAUGCAUUUAUUCCUGGAGUUAUUUGA